UUGCACUGGGGACAGAUGAACCAAGAACAGAACUUUUUUGACUUAAGAUUUAAGGUAGCAUUGUGGUUGACAGAGAUAUCUGCCCCGUUGAAAGUAGUAGGCUGUAAGCGGUCAGAUCAAAGUGUUUUGGCUGGAAUGAGUAUUUCUGAGGCCGAUUACUGCGGUGUAGAGGAUUCGCAGCCCGGGGGCUCUGGCUUGGACACGGCCGCUUCUCCAUGGGCUCAGUCCGAGAGUCCUGCCUCUCAAACCCGACUUGCAUCAGCUCAACCCGUGGCUAAAUCAGAGGGGAAAGCGGACGCUGAAUCACGGAUCAGACGCCCCAUGAACGCGUUCAUGGUUUGGGCAAAGGACGAAAGAAAACGGCUAGCUCAACAAAACCCCGAUCUGCACAAUGCAGUAUUAAGUAAAAUGCUUGGACAGUCGUGGAAAUCUCUUCCUUUUGACGAUAAGCGUCCUUUUGUGGAAGAGGCUGAGAGACUCCGUGUCCAACACCUGCAAGACCAUCCCAACUAUAAAUACAGACCUCGCAGGAAGAAACAGAGUAAGAAAGCCAAACGAAUGGAGACCAAUCUUCUAGCACACAACCUGACCCAGAAUCACGGCUCUACCCUCAGAAGCAGCCAGGGAGUUUGCGGUGAGACUUUCAACAGGAAUCAUCACGAAGGAAGACACUCGGGCCAACAUCAACUUCCUUCGCUCUGUCACUACAGUGAUUUGCACGGGCUAGGCUCGGAGUUCGAGAACUAUGGGUUGCCCACUCCCGAGAUGUCUCCCUUGGAUGUGUUGGAUCCGGUAUUCUUUCCGUCCCACAUGCAAGAAGACUGCAAUAUACCUUACAGAAACUACCAACAUCAUAUAGACUACAGCCGGGAUAAAUCAGGCGCCUUGUCCUAUUCUGACCAAAUCUCUGCCAAUGUGGCCGAAUUGGUCCGGAAUCCGCAACGUCUGUAUUACAGCCAGCUGUGCCCUGGAGGUCAAAGCAGCACAUCUGCUCACCUGGGGCAGCUCUCCCCUCCCCCCGAAGCUCAACACGUUGACAACGUGGAACACUUGGGUCCAACUGAGUUUUGGACAGAUGUUGACCGUAGCGAGUUCGACCAGUAUUUAAAUCUAGCAAGGACUCGUCCGGAUGCCUCUGGGCAAACCUUUCAAGUCUCUCUGUCGAAACUGAACCCUAGGGGUGUGUCCUGUGAGGAGAGCAGUUUCAUUUCUGCACUGUCCGAUGCCAGCAAUGCUGUCUAUUACAGUGCCUGUCUCACCGGCUAACUCGCAGCAUUCAACGCUGCUAUGUCUCUGUAAUUGUUUGUUUUCAAUACAUUUUUAAAAAGCUAUUAAACUAUUAUUGCGAUCAUGUAUGCUUCUAAUUCAACCCAAGUAUGCGGAAAUCACUGGUUGGCUUCCGAUUUUAGCGGAGCGGGAAAUAAAGUGAACCAGAAAUUGAUAAGUCACUGGUUGGAAAAAAAAACAAAUGAAAUUGAAUUUUUGAUGUCGGAAGCACAUUGGUAUUAAAAGCGGAAAUGUAUUAAUCAAGGAUCAUUCCAAGUGGAAUAUCCUGUUUUGUAAGCCUUUAUGUAGCAGCACGUACAAAAUGUGAUCAGACUACCUUUGCUUCAAAUCCAAAAGAAAAUGUAAAUGUUUGUUUUUUGGGGGUGAUCUACCCUUUCAGCUUUUUGUGGAUAUAUCAAGCUAUUUUAGUGCUUUGAUAACGUUUUACUUAUUUGCAAAUGUAUAACCUUUAAUGAAGACUCAGAUACACUUCAGUAAAUAGUGAAUUCUGUUGUAAUUGCAUUUUUGUAAAUCUGUUAAUAAAAGCCUCUAUUUAAUAAA